GGCCGUUACUUUCCCAGAGUGGCGGGGCGACGUCAGGCGGAAGGGCGCGGGGCGCGCACGCUUUAAAUGGCAUUCGCUGUCAUCCGAGCUCGCAGUCGUGUGGGCAGGAGCGGGCUAUAUAAGCCGCUAGCCGGGCCGCUUCGGGGCAGACAGCGACAGCAGCGGCGGCGAACGCCUCGGAGCGCAGCGGAGCAGCGUCCCCGGAGCCCCGAGCCCCCCGACGGGCCCGCCCGCCCGCCCUUCCGAGGAGCGUCUGCCCGGGCCCGCAAGGGCCGCCACCACCCCACAGCAGAUUUGGAUCCCCCGCCCGGCGAGCCCCAGGCUGCUGCCUCCCGGGGGGCCCCGGCGCAGCGGCCGCCCCCUGAGAGCCCCAGCGCCCCGCCGCCCGGCCCCGCGGACGCCGGCGGCGCCAUGGCGGCCGCCAAGCCCAGCGAGCUCAUGGGCAUCUGCUCCAGCUAUCAGGCGGUGAUGCCGCACUUCGUGUGCCUGGCCGACGAGUUCCCGCAGCCCGUGCGGCCCGCCAAGCUGUCCAAGGGCAAGGGCCGGCUGCGGCGGCCGCGCCAGUCCCGCUUCAAGACGCAGCCGGUGACCUUCGACGAGAUCCAGGAGGUGGAGGAGGAGGGGGUGUCCCCCAUGGAGGAGGAGAAGGCUAAGAAGUCGUUCCUGCAGAGCCUGGAGUGUCUGCGCCGCAGCACGCAGAGCCUGUCGCUGCAGAGGGAGCAGCUCAGCAGCUGCAAACUGAGGAACAGCCUGGACUCCAGCGACUCCGACUCGGCCCUGUGAGGGGCGCCGCCCGGAGGGGGCACAAGCGCGCUUCCGCGGCCUGCCCCGGGGCCCGCGGGUGCACACCAAGAGGACCCGCGCCCCGCGCCGGGGGUACCCCUCAGGACCGGGGAUCACCACCCCUCGCGCGCUUGGACUCCCGCCCCGCUGCGAACUGGUGGGUGCGCCCUCCGCUGCGCUUGCCCUGGCUCCUGCGCACUCGGGGACGCCAGGGAGGGGGGCUGCUUUCUUUGCCCUUGUAAAUGUUUAUUUUUUAACUCUUCCCAGUACGAACUGUGAGUGUGUGCGGGAGGCGGCCCGCGCUGACUCGCCCGGGUCUCGCCAGGGUAGCCGCUCCACGCCCGUGUCUGAUGGUUUGCAACUCCGAUUUUGCACACCGCUCCACCGUGCCCCCCAGAGCACACCUGUUCACACUCACGCCAACACUCUCUCGCUGAACACUUUUAUAAUUGUUAGGCGGGCUGAUGGGACUUUGGUGCGCAGCGCGGCUGCUGCUGCGGCCCGAGGAUUGAUAUUUAUUUUUGCAUUGCAACUGCUGGAGGCGUUUAUUUAACCAUCUUUUUACCCGGAUAUGUCUGUGAGGCUCCUGAAUGGAGACAAAUAAAGUCAAUAUAUUUGCACAGUG